AUGUCACUGCGUUCGCGCACUGGAUAUUCAGUUCAUCCAGCACCGAGCCAGCAGUCGCAACGUGCGAAAACGACGGGCUGUGGGUCGGCGCGCGCGCGCAAGACCCCCCAUGUGUUCGUGGCUGCGUUUGUGUCUGCAUACCCGCCCGGCACCAGUGUCAUGAGCAGUGAGGAAGAGGUGGAGCGGUUUGAGGUCACGGAUUGGGAUGUCAACAACGAGUUUAACCCCAACCGACGGCAUCGAAAGCUGUCCAAGAAGCAGGCCAUCUACGGUGUCUUUGAUGAGAGCGGGGACGAAGACAAUGGCCAGGACCGCCGUGAUGCCGGGCGGCCCGGGUUCGGAAGUCAGAGUGCCUCUGCCAGCCUAGCCAUGCAAUUUGUCGCCAGCAGCAGCCAUCAAAUGGACACGGGUGGGGACAGCUCCGCCGAUGAAAAUCAAGACAAUGACACCCGCACGGACGAGCCUCCACCGCGAGCCAAUCGACCCCACGCCUCUGAACGUCCGCGCGCUGCAAAUGCGGCUCGGCCCUCCGGCUCCCGCUCUCGAGCUGGCCCGCCGCCGCCUGGCCAGUUGCAGCAGCCACGAACCACCCCCGCUCCUGCAGCAGCCCCGUCCUCCUCCUCGGUUUCCGCAGGCUACUCCCAAUUUCGCAGUGAUACAAGUGGUCGCCAGCGACUGGACCGUGACUUUGCCGCCUUUGAAAAACACUCCAAGGGCAUCGGCAUGAAGCUGCUGGCUAAGAUGGGAUGGAAGCCCGGUAAGGGUCUCGGCGUGGCUGAACAGGGCAUUUCCAGUCCCAUUGAAGUCAACAGCAACCGCCGCCGCAACCAGGGCCUCCAGGACCAGGGUGAGCGCACCGAACAGAGUCGCCGUGACUUUGGCGAGAAGGAAGACAGCGAGGAUGAGGAGAUCCGUGAGUUCCGUGAAGCUCGCCAACAGUGGCGCCGAGAUGAUCCCGCAGCAGGUUCCAAAAGUCGACGCAAGGCUCCCCGAAAACAGUACAAGUACACGACCGCCGAAGACCUGCUGCAGACUCGAGGCCCAGAAGCGCCCGCAGAGGGGACCGCCCCUGCGCCGGGCAUCAAAAUUAUCGACAUGACCGGACCCAGCCAACGGGUCAUUGACUCCACCUCGGGCGUGUCACAAAACCUCUCUGGCGAUCAGCGUCCCGUCUAUGCCUCGGUCGAUGGACAGGUGCCCAUGCCUGAGCUUCAGCACAACGUCAACCUACUCGUAAGCAUGGCCGAGACCGAACUCAUGCGCCUCGACAUGCGUGUCAAGCAAGAGGAGCAGCAGCUCCGAGCCCUUCGUGAGGAAAAGGAGGAAAUGAACACCAAGCUGACAAGCGAGACUCGGCACCUGGAAACGGUGGCCGCCUUGCUGACUGCCCUUGCCCCACUUGAGGAGGCGGGCCCCAAGCUUGACGUUGACGCCACGCUCGCCACCUUUACCGAGCUACGCACGACACAUGGCCGCGCCUACCAGGCCCUUGGAUGCCCAGCCAUCCUCAAGUCGGCUUUAGAACCGGCUCUGAUCCGUCGCUUGCAGACGUGGCGUCCAUUGCAAGAGCCUGACCGCUACGUUGCCACUUUCGCACAAGCUCGCCUUGAACUUUUAUACGAGGAUCGCUUCCGCUCCUCAGCGCUGCCUAAAGAAGUGGAGAUGGAAGAGUAUGAGCACUUGCUGUGGGUGACCUUUCUCCCACGUUUACGCACCGCGAUCAUGGCAGACUGGGAUCCGCGCACAAACAGCGAGGCAGCCGCGCUCAACACUGUGUUGGAAGCCUGGUCGCCGGUUUUGCCCGGCUGGCUUUUGGAACACGUGCUGCGUCAGCUGGUUUUGCCGCGCGUGCAACGCGCUGUCGAGGAGUGGGACCCGCGCACAGACCCUGUGCCCAUUCACCUCUGGUUGGCACCCUUGGUCGAAGUCUUGGGCGCCGCCCCGCUAGAGGCCGUCUAUCCAACCCUACGCUACAAGCUGAUGAGCUGUCUCCAGGCUUGGACCGUGACGGAUGGCUCAGCCUUGGCUAUGCUGGCCCCCUGGAAAAACGUCUGGAGCACCACCGACAUGUCUGCUUUUGUGCAACGAGCCAUUCUCCCGCGCAUUGUGGCUGGACUCAAGGCCGUGGCUGUGGAUCCCAGCAACCAGGAUCUGAGCGUCGUGCGCGCUGUCCUUGCAUGGCAAGACUUGUUGGGUGGCCCGGCUACCUUGAUCCCGCUUCUGGUACGCCAUCUACUUCCCAAGCUCCUGCGCACCCUCUGCCAGUGGCUUGUGCAACCAGGGGUACAGUUUCCCGAGGUGAUGAAAUGGUAUCAAGGCUGGAAGGCGCUGUUACCGGCUGCCGUGCUUGCAGAGCCGACCGUCAAGCGUGAGUUUAUGGCUAUGCUCAAGCUUAUCAACCUGGCCGUCAGCGAUGCGGCCCGACUGCCCCAGGCUGUAUCCGAGACUUUGAAGCGAUCCGAAACGCUGGCAGCUGGCCCGACGACAACACCGGCCGAGUCACGGUCAGCUGGCUCAGCACCCGCGUCCAAGCUACCGCCGCCGCCGCCCGCUGCGCGGGUGGUGACCAUGCGCGACCUUGUCCAAGACGUGGCUGCGCGGCAUGGCAUUGACUAUGUCCCAAAACCCGGGGCCCAAACACCAGACGGUCAGCCCAUCUUUCAGUUUGGUCGGGCUCAGCUAUACAUCCAACGCGAUGUCAUCUUCAUGCGUCCACCGGGAGCUGACCGUUUCAAGCCCGUGUCCCUCGAUGAUAUUGAGCAGUACGCAACGCACCUCAUGCACCCCUAUGCCACGCAAUUGCCUUUUCACAGUGGUGCAACAGGCAGCUUCAAUGCAACCGGCUGCUGCUGCACUUAUGGCGAUGCUCCCACCAACUUGCCGGCCUCCACUCGCCGCCCGUAUCCCGCUGACGAAUCCAUCUGCUGUGCCAUCAAUGGCGGUGGGGACGAUCCCCACAACCCUGCCUCUUGCAGCAACUACGACUGGGUCGGGUGCGCCUCGGACAUUUCAGCCGCGUAUUCAGAGUGCAAGUCCUGCAUCACCCCAAAUGACGACGAUCCAGCCGACGGCAAUCAGUGCUAUGAUUGCUUCGCAAAGGUUUUUGAUGCGGCCGGUGCAUCUUUGGCGCAGUGUUGCCCAUGCAUUUGGCGUCUGGCCCAGCAACUGGAUCAACCCGAUCUUGAGAUUGACUGCUAA